GUCAACACCGAGCGAGUGGAGGUGGAAUCCCGCGGUGUCAACCACGUGGAGGGCGGCUGGCCCAAAGACAUCAACCCGCAGGAGAUGGAACAGACCGUCCGCUUCAGGAAGAAAGUGGAGAAAGACGAGAACUACAUCAACACCAUCACACACCUCGGCACUCUGAUGGAGCACUGCGUCAAGCAGAACAACGCCAUCAACAUCUACGAGGAGUACUUCGGAGAGGAGGAGAUGGCAGAGCUGGAUGACGAGCCCCCCUCCGCCAAAACCAUCAAUGUCAUCAGGGAUCCAAACCUAACCAAGAGGACGGCCACGCAUCUCUCCUGGCACCCUGACACGUACAAGAAGCUGGCAGUGGCUUAUUCCAGCCUGGAAUUCCAGCAAAACAUGAAAGACAUGAGCUUUGACUCGUACAUCUGGGAUCUCGAAAACCCCAACAAGCCGGAGCUCGUUCUCAAGCCGACAUCCCCCCUGGUGAGCCUGGAAUACAACCCCAAAGAUUCGCACGUCCUGCUGGGAGGAUGCUACAAUGGGCAGAUGGCGUACUGGGACACCAGGAGAGGGGGAUUGCCCUUGGAGGUGUCCGCCGUGGAGGUCAGCCACAGGGAUCCCGUGUACGGAGCGAUCUGGCUGCAGUCCAAAACGGGCAUGGAGUGCUUCUCGGCCUCCACUGACGGGCAGGUCCUGUGGUGGGACAUCCGCAAGCUAUCCGAGCCCACCGAGACGCUGGUCUUGGACAUCACCCGGAAAGGGCUCCUGGAGAACGCCCUGGGUGCCGUGGCACUGGAGUUUGAGCCCACCAUGCCCACCAAGUUCAUGGUGGGCACAGAGCAGGGCAUCGUCGUCGCCUGCAACCGCAAAGCCAAGACACCCCCCGAAAAAAUCACCAGCACCUACAGCGGCCACCACGGACCCGUGUACGCGCUGGCCAGGAACCCCUUCUACCCCAAAAUCUUCCUGACGGUCGGUGACUGGACUGCUCGGAUCUGGUCCGAGGAGACGAAGGAAUCGCCAAUCAUGCGGACCAAGUACCACCUCUCCUACCUGACAGACGGAUGCUGGAGCACCGUGAGGCCGGGCGUCUUCUUCACCACCAGAUCGGACGGGAUCCUGGAUGUCUGGGAUUUCCUCUUCAAGCAGAAAGACCCCUCCCUCAGCCUGAAG